CCCCUCGAAUCCUCCCUCCCCGUCCACGGCAGAAUUCCGCUUCCGGCCGCCCUCCUAUACAUAGCCAGCCAGCCUCCCCACCUCCCUCCCCUCCCCAGCACCGAGCCCCGCCCAGGCAAGCCGCGCGCGGAGGUGAGGCGUUCGCAUCGCACACCUCUCGCCGCGCUAUAUCCCCGGGCGCGCCGGUCCUCCCCUCUCGCCACCCCUACCCCCCGCACCACCACCACCACCACCGGUUCCGGCGGCGCACCCGUCGUCAGCGGUUCCGCGUCCCCCGCGAGAGGCCACGAUGCUCGGGUUCAGGACGCAGAUGCCUUGGUCGUCGGCGCAGGAGGAGUCGCAGGGGCAGCUCUUCGAGGGCGCGGCGGCCGUCGUGGCGGCGCGGCAGGGGAUGGAGACGCCGCUCACGGCGGUGGCGGAGGCGUUCGAGGAGCUGGCGCGCGGGAUGGACGCCGACGGCGGGGAGCUCCGCCUCGCGCCCUUCAGCGACACCUGCGCGCUCGUCUCCGUGCUCUUCAGCAGCCUCGGCAUGGCCUUCAGGUUCGCCGAGAUCGAGUACGUCACCAAGGUGAACGACCUCAUCGGCGCGGGCAAGUCGUACCGCACCCUGAGCGACAUCCUCGACAAGGACAUCGAGAACGACUCCGUGAAGAAGCAGGGCAGCCACUCCCGGAACCUGCGCAGGGUCCGACUCGGCCUCGGCCUCAUCAAGGCCCUCUUCGAGCAGUUCCUCACCACCGAGGGUUGUUCAUUGUAUGAUGCUGCCACGACAGCUUACGGACAGGUCUGCGCGCCAUUUCAUAGCUGGGCAAUCAGAAAGGCUGUUGGCGCUGGCAUGUACACUCUUCCAAGCAGGGAGCAGUUGAUAGUGAGGCUGAACGAAACUGAUUGCUCUGUGCAGAAGGAGAUGAGGAGAUACAUUGAUGCUUCUAGUCCUAUUAUAGAGUACAUCGAUAACCUCUUCCUCUCGAGGAACAUUAGCCUAGAUUGGUGAACUGAUCUGAACUGGACUGAAGAUCAAGUUUGUAGCCUGUCAACAAGCUGUUGUUGGUGGCGUCAAUUUAUUCUGUUCAUAGUUAUUUAUUCAGCCUUGGUGGGUGGUGGAUGCUCCCCUUUCUUCCUUUGUCGCACGCACGGUCUCGUGCUUGUAUUAUACAACUGCAUGAUAAUUCUAGCACGACCAUUGAUAUUCUUUCCAA